AUGAAAGUUGCAGUAGUUGGCUCUGGUGCCGCUGGCCUUAGCGCAACCUGGGCGUUAAAUGAACACAGCGAUCAUGAGGUGCACCUUUAUGAAGCUGAGGUUCGUGCAGGAGGACAUGCCAACGCCGUACCAUUCGUCAGCAAGGCUCCAGACGGACGCGAGCAAUUUGCCUAUAUUGUUUUUAACCCGUACACGUACCUCAACUUUUUGCGAUUCCUCAAAUUACAUCCCGACAUCGCUAUUCUUCCAACGCAGAUGUCAUUCAGCAUAUCGCGAGAUAAUGGUGCAUUCGAAUGGGCCAGCGACAGCCUCGCGACGCUCUUCUGCCAACCAUGGCGAAUCUUCGACGGGACACUCUGGCGCAUGCUAUACGAUAUUUUUAGAUUUAAUGCAUCUGCUAGGCGUCUUGUAAGCAGAUGGAACAAGAUGGACAUCGACGACUGCGAUGGCUGUUCCAUCGGAGAAUACCUCGAACGCGGUGCAUACUCUGAUACGUUUCGUGACAACUACUUGAUCCCCAUGACCGCAGCUAUUUGGAGUACUCCGCCUAACACAUGUGCCUUAGACUUCCCUGCGCGGACCCUAAUUCAGUUUAUGCAUAACCAUUUCCUUCUUCAGUUAACGGGGAAGCCAUCAUGGUUGAUUUUCAAAGAUGGAAGUCAGGCUUAUAUCAAAAUGAUCCUCUUGAAGCUGGCGUCAUCGCAGUUACAUCUCUGUACCCCUGUCAAGUCGGUCAAGAACACUUCUUCCGACAAAGGUGUGGUACUGACUACAGCAGAUGGUCAAGAGGAAGUUUACGAUCAUGUUAUCAUGGCCUGCCAUUCCGAUACGGCGCUGUCGAUUCUUAAGGAAGGCGGCGGUAUUCGACCCGAGGAAGAGAAUAUUCUAAGCAUGUUCAAGUGGACUAAGAACGAAUCGGUUUUGCAUUCCGAUACUAGGCUGCUUCCAAAGAGUCAUCUGGCGAAGGCAUGCUGGAAUUACUUGACAUUUUCAGCUGCAACACCUGAUGGUCAAACGAAGGCGAACAACGACCAAGUCUCAGUCACAUUCGACAUGAAUGUCCUGCAGCACAUUCCUGCGAAGAAACACGGGCCAGUGCUAGUUUCCAUCAACCCUCCGUUCGAACCUGAGCCUAGCACUGUUCAGGGACGAUGGACGUUCGACCAUCCGGUCCUAGAUGGGAAUGCCAUUCGCGCUCAGCGACUGCUCAGGACGAUCCAAGGGAUCCGCGGGAUCACCUAUGCUGGCGGGUAUCAUAAUUUUGGGUUCCAUGAGGAUGCCUUCACGUCGGGGCUAUUGGCAGCCACGACAUACAGUGGUCUGAACGCGAAGUUGCCGUUCGAGCUCGAGUUUGCGGAGGGAAGCCCUUGGGAUGAUCCAUCGAGGAAAAGACCAGCCAAGCGUGAUUUGUAUGCGGAAUGGCUGGCGAUGGUGUUUGAUAUCGUCCAAGCUGGCGGCGUGAGGUUCAUUGUCGGGACUGCGGGCUUGCUCCUUAUGGGUCAUGCAGGAAUUACGAAGGGGCAGGUUCCUUUGUCGAAAUUGAUUAAUAGUUUCUGGAGCUAG